UGCCCCCCGAGGCUGAUCCGGCACGGGAGCGGGGCGCCUCCGAAGAUGCCGCUCGCUCAGCUGGCCGACCCCUGGCAGAAAAUGGCUGUGGAGAACGAGGGUGAGCAGAAUGGGCAGCAUGCUGUGGAUGAACCAAUGGCAGUGGAUGAACCAACGACAGAGGAUGAACCCACUCUUCAAUCUCAAGGUGAAGUAAAUGAACAAGAAAUUACAAUCACAUGCCAUGUCAAAGAAGGCUUUGAAAAGGCUGAUCCAUCACAGUUUGAGUUGCUUAAAGUUUUGGGACAAGGAUCAUUUGGAAAGGUGUUCCUAGUUAGAAAGAUCCAUGGAAUUGAUGCUGGACAACUGUAUGCAAUGAAAGUACUAAAAAAGGCUACAUUAAAAGUAAGAGAUCGGGUUCGGACUAAAACGGAACGUGAUAUAUUAGUUGAAGUGGAUCAUCCAUUUAUUGUCAAAUUACAUUAUGCUUUCCAGACAGAAGGAAAGCUCUAUCUUUUAUUGGAUUUUCUCAGGGGAGGAGAUUUAUUUACGCGUCUUUCCAAAGAGGUUAUGUUCACUGAAGAGGAUGUCAAGUACUACCUUGCUGAAUUGGCACUUGCUUUAGAUCAUCUACAUAGUCUAGGAAUUAUCUACAGGGACCUCAAACCAGAAAAUAUUUUGCUUGAUGAAGAUGGUCACAUUAAGUUGACAGAUUUUGGAUUGUGCAAAGAGUCCACUGAUCAUGAGAAGAAAGCCUAUUCAUUCUGUGGUACUGUAGAAUACAUGGCACCUGAAGUAGUCAAUCGCCGAGGUCAUUCUCACAGUGCUGAUUGGUGGUCUUUUGGUGUCUUAAUGUUUGAGAUGCUGACAGGCUCUUUGCCCUUUCAAGGGAAAGACCGAAAGGAAACCAUGACAAUGAUAGUUAAAGCAAAAUUGGGAAUGCCACAGUUUUUAAGUCCAGACUCCCAAAGUCUAUUGCGCAUGCUUUUCAAGCGCAACCCUGGAAACAGACUGGGAGCUGGUCCAGAUGGUGUUGAAGAAAUUAAGAGGCAUCCUUUUUUUUCCACAAUAGAUUGGAAUAAAUUGUGCAGAAGAGAAAUACACCCACCAUUCAAACCAGCAAGUGGUAGACCAGAGGAUACCUUUUACUUUGAUCCAGAAUUUACAGCAAAGACACCAAAAGAUUCUCCUGGUAUUCCUCCCAGUGCCAAUGCACACCAGCUUUUUCGUGGGUUCAGUUUUGUGGCUAUUACCUCGGAGGAAGAAACUCAGGCCUUGGAAUCUUCUAUGCAACCAGUUGUACAGCAGCAGCAGUUACACCGAAGCAGCAUUCAGUUUACAGAUAUGUAUGACCAGAAAGAAGAUAUUGGUGUGGGCUCUUACUCGAUUUGCAAACGAUGUGUAAAUAAAUCUACUAAUAUGGAAUAUGCUGUCAAGAUAAUUGAGAAAAUCAAACGAGACCCUUCGGAAGAGAUUGAGAUUCUGCUGCGCUAUGGGCAACAUCCUAACAUUAUUACCCUAAAACAUGUUUAUGAUGAUGGCAAAUGUGUAUACCUAGUGACCGAACUCAUGAAAGGGGGAGAGUUACUGGACAAGAUUCUCAGGCAAAAGUUCUUCUCUGAACGUGAAGCCAGUGCUGUACUGUACACCAUAACAAAAACUGUAGAAUACCUGCAUGCACAAGGGGUAGUGCACAGAGACUUGAAACCAAGUAACAUCUUGUAUGUGGAUGAGUCCGGUAAUCCAGAGUCCAUUCGGAUUUGUGACUUUGGAUUUGCUAAACAACUACGUGCUGAAAAUGGUCUUCUCAUGACUCCCUGUUACACAGCUAAUUUUGUUGCACCUGAGGUAUUAAAGAAGCAAGGAUAUGAUGCUGCAUGUGAUAUCUGGAGUCUAGGUGUUCUCCUUUACACAAUGCUCACAGGAUACACCCCCUUUGCCAAUGGACCUGAUGACACUCCAGAUGAAAUCCUGGCAAGAAUAGGCAGUGGCAAGUUCAGCCUCGCUGGAGGUUACUGGGAUACGGUUUCAGAUAUGGCUAAGGAUCUGGUAUCUAAGAUGCUUCAUGUAGACCCACAUCGAAGGUUGACGACUGCCCAGGUGCUUCAACAUCCCUGGAUUGUUCUUCGGGAUAAAUUGCCUCAGUUUCACCUCAACCGUCAGGAUGCACCUCAUCUAGUAAAGGGUGCCAUGGCAGCGACCUAUUCUGCACUGAGCCAUUCACCGUUGCAGCCAGUUCUUGAUCCAGUUGGUAGUUCAUAUCUGGCCCAGCGAAGGGGUGUCAAGAAACUUACCUCAACUGCUCUGUAAAGUGAGCUCUGCUGAAAGCUGGUUUCCCAGCAACUUUGGAUUUUAAUGCAUACUUUGGAGAGCCAUCCUGAUUUUGACCUUAUAUAAUGCUGCUUGAUUUCUGUUGUCCUGCUUUAAACAAUUUGAUACCGAGAUUUUUUUCAUUUUUUUUAGCUUGAACAGAGAUUGAAGCAGAACCAUAUUUGAGAGUAAAAACGAUUUGAAUAAAAACAUAGCAACUGCAUUAAUAUCAUUUGUUUGUAAAUUAGAAAUAGAAAAAGGCAAUCGACUAUUAAUUCAUUUCCAAUUAAUGGAAAUGUUUAAAUCGUUCUAUAACGUUUCACGGCAAUUAUAGAUUUAUUUUCUAAGCACUUGGGUUUCUAUAUAAUAUAUAUUCUGUAGGUGCUAUCACUGUAAGCCUGUCAUUGAAACAUUUCAGGCUUAGUUACAUUGAGUAUGCAGGAACUUUUAUAUCCAUUUUUUUGAACUUAGAAAGAAAGUCUGUCUGCAUUAGCUAAUUUCACAUGAACACUGUGAAAUUUCAAUUAUAGAACACUGGCCAGUUGCAUGGAAGGGCAAAUAACUACUGCUUUAAUGCAGAUGAGAGAUGCUUCAUUCUUAUCUGAAUCCAAGGGUCAGGGUUAGCAGCCAUUGAAUACAGUACUGUUAUCCCUAAGAAAGAAAUCUCAAAUAUUAUAAGACAUAUUGAUGGUAACAUUUAAUUUCUGUGCAAGAAAAACAUUUAUACUGUGAUAUUAGGGUAGUAUGAUGUGAGAGUGAACAUAUAUUUGCAGUCGCUGUCGUAUUGAACAAAGCAUUGUAUUGCAUUUCUCCACAGUAUUUGGAUUGACAUUAUAAUGCACAGUAAAACAAUUACACCAGUGAAAAUCGGUCUUAGCUUCAGCUUUUCAUCCUUCUCAGUCCUUUUAUAUACUCCUUAUAAUUGAUGGGUGGGAAUGCAAUAGAUUCAAAUGAUGUACAUUUAUUAGUGACCAUCUAGUUACCAUACCUAAAGGGAAGGUGUAAAGAUGAGGGAUGUAAUUAUUUUGAAAUAAUUCAAAGUCUAAAGUGGAUUUUUAAAAUAAAACCAUUGGAUGUAAUAUUUUUCUACACUUCUAUUAAAUCAAACUUUAUACUGGAUUCCACUGUAUGGCAUGAUAUUGAGUUAGAUGUUCUAAGUUUUUUUUGUGUGUAUUCUGUCAUUACCAAAGUGUGAAUUUGGAAGUCUGUUUUUCGUGACAUUGGGUUUGGCACUCGUGCCAUCAAAAUGCCAUAGAAUCGUCAAUGCUGGAAGAGUUUGACUUCAUUGUGCCUCAUUCUGGCAUAUAAUCAGGAUAUUUUCUUUUGGAAUCUUCAUUUUGACCUGGGCUAUUUCAGAUGUAGCUAGGAGUGGAAUCAUGAAUAUAUCAUUAUUUGUGCUCCUUGUGGGCUGGCAAUUUUUGUAAUCUUGAGGGAGAACUGAAAUUUAUACAAAAUAAACUGUCAAAUGUAUUAAAA